GGUUAUAGACCAGUAAUACGAUAGUACAUUGGUCAAAGAAGUACAUGAUAGAACAUAUAUGUGAGACUAGAAUGGGUCAAAGUUUAGAGAACAUAAAGUAGGAGUUUAGGGAAUACGUGUUGACGACAUUUUUACACAUGGUUAUUUACGUUAAGAACAGGUGUUGCUUUUUUCCCUUUAUAGAAAUUAAUAUUUAUUAGAGGUACAUUUUUGUAUCCGAACUCGAGUCUUUUUUUUUUUUUUUUUAACGUAGAGUAGAUUUAUGUCGCCUAAAUAUGGUUUCUGAAUCGCGAUUUGGUUAAUGUUUCCGAGGGCGACGCACAGAGACAGCGUUAAAAAAUAGAGUAAUAAGCAACACAGGUACAGCUGCAGCAGCCUCAUAUCUACAAUGAUAUUAUAAGAAAUAUCCGCUGCAUAUCAACGCUCAGAGACCAAGUCCACAACACCCUCACAGCCAGAGUUCUUAAUGUCAUGUUUUCAUUAAAUACGAACUCAGGGAAGAUUUAAAUUUAACUUUCCAACAAUGUCUCGGCCUCAAGAGACAGGAUCAGAGCAGAAGGAACAGAUUGUCAAGCAUCUGGCAGAAGACUAUGCCAAGUAUUUCAUUGUUGAUACAACACAAGAGAGAGGUGCCCUUGACCACGAGUUAGAAUCUAUGCUGACCAGACUUGAGGAAUAUGGAAGUCUCCUGGAUCGGGUAAGUUCUGGUCAUGAACUAGAGGGAGGGAAGGGAAUGAAGGUAGGAAGGGAAGGAGAGAGGAGGAAAAAGAGUAACAGAGAAUCACAGAAUCAGAGAAAUAUAGGAAAAAAGGAGAGAACGAUAUAG